AUGGUAAGUCAAAAAACAAUCGCAAGGGUGACCCCAGCGGCAAAUCUGAAGAAUCACACCACUGACGCUUGUUUCUUCAAUGCCCGUGCCAACCCGAAGGGGGAUGGCAAAACCAACAAGCGCGCCUCAGCACAGCAGCCCAGUACCGAAGCUGCCGUGGAUGCAGCCGUGCCAGACAAGAACUUGUCGGCCGCCAUUUCCACGCUGCAAACACAGCUUGAUGCGCUUCGUUCAUUUGCUAACCCGUCCAUGCCGUCAGGGCACUCUCAGGGCCGCAAAGGUCACGGCGCCAUCCAAGAAAUGCUGUUUGUCAUCAGCGAUACUCCGGCUCAGGCUGUUGAGGUCACUGAACAGGUUGCCGCAACAUCCUCCACCAAGUACGUCCUUCUUGAUUCCGGAACUGUGGGCCAUCAGUGGGCCAUCAAUGGCACGCCCAUUCGACACAAGGGUGAACUGUCCGCCCCCACGGCCAUUCCCGUGACGGAUUGCUGUGGCGAGCCUAUCGCAACUCCAGCUUCUUUUCGAAUGGGUGUCACUGAUGCCACAGAGCCGGUCAUGGCCUUUUGCCGAAUCUUGGAUGACGCUGAUUGCGACCUCCACUUUUAUCGGACAUCUUCUGGCAAGCCAGCGCACAUAGAUACCCCAGAUGGUCAUACCAUCAUUUUGCCAAGAUUCGGUGCCAGGUUUUACUUGCCGUAUGAAAACAGGUCCCCCGGGAAUGGUACAACAGAGUUCGUUGCGGCUGGAAACGAUGGGGAUGAGAGCCCCAGUCCCAUGCAUUACUCUCCCACUGAGCCAGGUUCCGAUGCAGGCGCCGGCACGUCCGAGCCCGAUGCUCUCGAGAAUGCAGAUGUGGAGUGUGGCAGGGAACAUGCGCCACCGCAGCCAGCAGGUCUUCCGAUGCCGGAUGCCCCAUCCGACGAGCAGCAUUCUCGCCACAAUUUAACUCAUGCCGACUUUGCAUCGUGGUGCCCGCAUUGCGUAGCCGGGAAGGCUGCUGAUUCCCAGCACAAGCGCAAAAACAAGCACGAGGAUCCCCAAAUUCCCGUACUACAGGUCGAUGAUCUAUUCUUCGGUCGCGACGGGCAGCUUGUUGAAGAAGAAAGCAAAAAGGCCACAGUCCUCACAGGAACGGACUUGUCUUCCGGAUGGCCCAUGAUGGCAUUCGUGCCUCACAAUGGGGUAGAAGCGUACACGGUGCGUGCAUUAACUUCUUGGGUUAGACGUUUGGGGUACCCGAAGGGGCAGCACAACCAAGAAUCAGCAUUGCGCACUGUCGUCGAUCAAGUCCAAAAAGAACUGGGACACGAUCAUGUCCAAGUGCGAGCGGCCCUGCGGUACAGCCAUGCCAGCCAAGGUGGCACUGAGAACGCAAACCGCCUUAUGGCAGGCAUGCUGCGCACGUGGCUCAGUGCCUUGAACGAAACAUACCCAAAUCCUGCCGAACCGCUGGACAUCAACCAUCCCGUGAUCCCAUGGCUUUGCCGUUGGGUUGCUUUCGUUUGGGCCAGAUUCCAUGUGCAGGCCGACAACAUGACACCGUUUCGCAUCGUGUCUGGGCGUGACUACGCCACCCCCAUCGUCGAAUUUGGGGAGGUCGUUUUGUGCAAGCUUCCGGACACCAAGUCCCUGAGCAAAGCCAAACCUCGGUGGUUUAAGGGGUUGUUUGUUGGUCGGUUAGAGGUUGAUGAUUCCGCCGUUGUGUUGACGGAUGCUGGUGCAAUCACUGUGCGCUCGGUCAGACGUCUGCUGCUGGCAGAUCAGCAUGACGUAGCUUACCUCAAUGCAGGUUUGCCCUGGGCGCCCGCAGGCAAGCGAACAAAGGUACGCACGGAAAGCAGCCAAAUUGUGGCAUUGCCUGCCCCCCCUGUGUCGGAAGCAAGCCAACCGCCUCUGAGCGUUGAGCCGCCGGCUGUUUCAAAAGACGCGAUGCCCGUUCCUCCUGAUGUGGUUGUGCCAGACCCCAAUGAGUCACACCGCCGUCGCCGUUUCAACUGGAAGCGCCAAGUCCAACUUCCCCUUUCCGGAGAGCUGGUGCUGCACCCAUCCCACGUGUUCAAGCAAGCCCUACUGGCAUCAAUGCUGUUCCAUUGCCUGCACCUGUUGUGCUGGAAAAGCGCCCUGCUCCGGAAAGCAGCGAGGCUGCAACAUCCAGCGAGGCACACUCAGUGGGAUCCGCGCGAAGUGGAGGAAGCCAGGGAUGUGCAGAUGGCGACCCUUGUGGAAAAGCAGUUUGCAACACCGAAACUCAAACCCGCAAUUCCGCACAAAUGCAAACUCUUCAACUUCAAGUGGGUUGAUGAAAUCACGCGCGGUGCAUAUCGUUCGCGUUUCACUUGUGCAGACAUCAAGAAGCGGUAUUCAAAAGAGGAACUUGCCGAAGAAAUCAACACAUUCGCCCCAACUCCGUAUGAAGAAUCACAUGUUCUUCUGGAGCUAAAAUGCCUCCAAAACGGCUGGCAUUCACGCUCCGGAGAUGUUCGCUGCGCAUAUUUGUUGGGCACCGACCCGGGUGACAGCAACGGCAACCCGCCUGAGUACGUCCAGCAUUUUCACGCGUGGUUAGCAGCUCACGAUGCAUGCGGACUUGUGCAAACACGUCGUCCUGCAGCUCGAUGGCAAUUUGUACGGCAGAAGGCCUGCGGGCGGCAACUAUCGUCAAGAGUUCGAGAAAGUCGUCGCGCUGACAAACUGGUGUCGCAUGGUUACCAUUUUGUGCGUGGCAAGCGUGACCCUACCGUUUACACCUGCAGCACAACAGAUGCGACAUUGCUGCAUCACGUUGAUGAUGUACGCAUGGGCGCGUCCGAUGCAGAUCUCAAUUUCCUCCAAUCCAAAAACGGUUUGGGAAAUACCUUGACAUGA